AUGACCAUCUGGAUGAUCCGAGGAGACCACAUUUCCUCCACAUUUGUCGCAGUGUUCGCGGAGAACGUUGUGUCAAAGAAUUCUCCUAUGCUCGGGGCCUGGCUGGGUCUUCCCGUGGCAGCCCUAUACAACGAGGAUUGCCCAAACACAGGGACAAGACAGCCAGAGGAAGCGGCAACUAAGGAGUGGCUCCAGCAACGAGGUUCUAGUGUGAUGACAGAUCAGCCUAUUGAUGAGCUCAGUAUCCCAGCCGCUGCCCCUGUUACAGUCACCGCUCCUGUCGCUGCUCCUGUCCCUGUGGGCCAGCCAGCCCUUGAGGAACAGCUACAGCAACCUCUUGCCAAGGAGCACAAACCAAGCAGGAGGAGAAACUCCUCUGACGGCGGCUCACAGACGACCCGCAAACCACCGGGCGGUGAAUCAGACAGCGACUUCGAGUCGGACCCUCCUUCCCCUAAGAGCAGCGAGGAGGAAGACGAGCCGGAGGAGGACGAAGGGCUGAACAGCGAGCAAGAGCAUGGAGAAUUCUUCAACGAACUGGAAAAUGUGGAGGAAAUGGAGACGCUGGGCCAGAGGCCUCUGUUAAUGGACUCGGAGGACUCGGAGGAUUACGACAAACACAGCUCCGACUCGGACUACGAGCCCAGGAAAGCUAAGGGAGGACGCUCAAAGAGGCUCCCAGGAGGUAAAGGAGGGGCAGUGGCUGCUGCAGCUACUGUCUCCCAUGAGGGAAGUCCGAGCGGGGARUCCGAGGCCACGCUGAUCAUGAUCACACCUUCCGAGUCGCCCGGUGUGGYUGCUGUUAGAGCUCCCCCUAGUGGUGGUGGAAUCAAGGACAUAUUUGGUGCCGAUGUGUUUUGCGCGGUGCCCUUCUUUCCCCCUGUGGYGUCCCCCACAGAAAGCGCAGAYAUCUUCUCYGCGGCUCCCUUCAGGCAGGUGAGCCAGGAGACCGUGGCCAGCCAAGCCAUGGAGGAGUUUGAUGUCUUUACAAAAGCUCCGUUCARCCGGAACCUCUCCAAAUCUGGCAAGACCGGCAGCAGCGAYGUCUCUAUGGGUCAGAACCCGCCUGUGUCCCCUGAGAUUAUCGACCCKUUCGGCUUCUCCCCCUUCCAGCCCGGCCCCACGGCCCCGCCACCAACCACCUCUAGGAGUGCCGAGGACAUCUUCCAUCCAGCCUUCGACGAUUUGACCAGUCCCCAGCAGCAGAGGCUAAAGCAGCGCAGCCUCCAAAAGCUGUCUUCACGGCAGAGGAAGCUCUCUGGMAGCACCGACGGCGGCAGCAACGGCAAGCGCCACCACGGUACGCCUACCGGCAGCCGCAAGAGCAACAAGCCCAGCUUCCGAACCCCCGAGCGUGUCCGCCGGCACAAGAAGGUCGGCAGGAGGGACUCCCAGAGCUCCAACGAGUUCCUCAGCACCUCAGACUCCAAGGAGAACAUCAGCGUCGGCAGCGUACCGAUGACCGACAAAGACAAAGGGUCUUCCCUACCUAGCCUUCCUAGUGAGAUCGACCCCAUCUUGGAYCCCUUUGGUGCCAAACCUUUCGGUCCUCAAGAUGGCAGCCGACUCAACCAGGGCCAGUACCAAGGUCUAAUGGACGGCAAGACAGACAUAGUUUCGGCCAAUGGCAGGCCUCAGACCAGCUCCCUCCACGGGGCGCUGGGGGUUGGGAACAUCAUGGAUGACUUUGGGGCGGUGCCCUUCACAGAACUGGUGGUUCACCCUGGACAUCAGCAGCAGCCGUCUCAGSUCGUGGAGCUGGAUCCUUUUGGAGCUGCGCCUUUCCCCUCCAAACAGUGAAUGUCUCACUCGUCUUCCCGCCACAAACACACUCGUGCUCUUGUCUUUCUCAAUCACAUCGCUGUGUUACGCCAAGCCUAUGCAGUCCCCAGGGGGGUGAAUUCCCAUCCAAGGGAUGGCAGCUAGAUUGGUGGUGUGGUAGUUGAUUAUCUUUUCGGCCAAAUGAAACUACCAGCAAUGGCUCUAACGACUCUAAGUGUUUCCAAUGCUUUUUUUUCCUUCUCAAAAAUAUUUUUAACACGCUAGUAACUGGAUUUUGGGAUCAACAAAACCAACGUAAACCUGUGGAGUAUGGAUGAUUUAUUUCAAGUUCUGUACGCCUGUACCUGUUUUCUAACAAGCCUUAUAUGCUGCAUUGCAUCGAUACAUUUUAACAGGAUUGGGCGAUUUGAUAACGGUUUCACUCAAGAUCACACUGUGACAAACAAGCUCGCUCAGUGUUCCGACUGGUUGAGUUGCUGCAAAAAAAAAAUAUAUACUUUUAUGUGUAGAUGGUGGCCUCCUUCAUGAUCUACCAAUAAGAUUUGAGUAAUUUAGCACCACAAAGCCUUAUAUGGGCAUGGCUCUGCCCUGCUGCACAGUACCUCGGAAACCAUUGGCUAAGCAAAGGGCUAACGUURCCCUUCUGUGUCAACAGAAUGAGUCGUUUCAGAGUAGGCAUUUACCACUGUAAUAUUUCACCCGACAUAGACGUUUUUCKAUGCAUAUUUUUACAUUUAGAGUCUACUUAGACACAUAGCGAUAAAUGUUUUGGUUUUGUCAUUUUUAUUGCAUUCUUUAAAUAAUAGAACGAAAAGGGAUUUUGGUUCUGUUUAAAGAUUGCUUCUUUUUUUUUUCAUGAUUUAGGACCGUUUCAAUGUUAGGUUUGUUUUCUAUACUUUUAGCAUUACAACGGUGUCAGUAAAUUAAAUUCUGUUCUAAUUUUAAAAAAUGAUGUUAUUUUACCUUGAGAGGAAGAACACAACUGUUCUCCUACGUGGUGAAACUGAAUCUCCCGAUAUCCGACUACUUCCACCUCUUCUUAGUCCUGAAACAGACUCUCUCGUCGAUUUGGUAACACAAGCCAUGCAUUCAUAAAGGGAAAGUGGGUCUAAAGAAGUACAACUUAUUAGUCUAAGGUCGUGUUCAAAUGAAAUGCACUUUCAGCAUCAACUCUUCCGUUGUCUGGUAAUUAUAAAACCAAUGUUCCAGAAAGAUCUUUACCUACCAUACAUACUUAAAACAGCUGGGAGUUGCCUAUGGAAUCCAUUGGUUAAUAUUUAUUUUAACAAGUUGCCAUAAUUUUGUUGUCUAAAUGCAAUAAA